AUCUAAACCCUAAAAUGACUGCCUUCGAGCGUUUUUAACGUAGAUAAAAGUUCCCUCUAAAUUUGAUUAAAUAAUUGUCAGGGUGGGAGUAGCUACUGACGGGGCCAUUUCAAUUUAGUCUCGGUGCCUCUGGCUCUUGCCUGUCGUCGAGCAACAACACAAGGAGAAAGUGGCUGUGCGAGCUUAGCAGAGCGAGCGGGCUGCCAAUGGCGGAGUCGUCGAAGGAAAGUGUUAAUGGCAAUGGCAAUGUGCUCAGAACGUUUGUGCCUGUCGAAGGAGGUGGCUUUCCACUCUUACGAGAAUUCCUCUGGGGGGGUUUGGCUGGGGCUUUUGGUGAAAGUAUUAUGCACCCAGUUGACACAACGAAGACAAGGAUGCAAAGUGCAAUUCUGGUCGGAGGAAAUCAGUCAUCAAUGAAUAUUCGCCAGAUGGUUAAAACAGUGUGGGCUGCAGAUGGCUUCAGAGGUUUUUAUAGAGGAAUAACUCCAGGAUUGACUGGAUCAUUGGCAACAGGGGCAACUUACUUUGGUGUAAUAGAGUCCACUAAGAAAUGGCUAGAAAAGAACAAUCCCUCUCUUGAAGGUCAUUGGGCGCACUUCAUUGCUGGAGGUGUUGGAGACACUCUGGGUUCUUUUUUAUAUGUUCCAUGUGAAGUAAUGAAGCAGCGCAUGCAAGUGCAAGGCACAAAAGGAUCAUGGUGUUCAAUGAUAUCCAAAGAUAAGGCCUCUUCAUUGAGCUCUAGUGCUAACAUGUAUGAAUACUAUUCUGGAAUAUUUCAGGCUGGAACCUCUAUCUGGAAACACGAAGGAUUAAGAGGCUUAUAUGAAGGUUACUGGUCCACUUUAGCAAGAGAUGUUCCAUUUGCAGGUUUGAUGGUUAUGUUCUAUGAAGCACUGAAGGAUACAGUUGAGUAUGGGAAGAGGAGAUGGGCACUUGAUGAAUGGUGGCAAAACCAAACUUCCUUUGAAGGUCUAAUUCUGGGAGGUGUUUCGGGGGGUGUUAGUGCUUAUAUGACAACACCACUCGAUGUCAUAAAAACACGACUUCAAGUGCAAGGCUCAAUUAAAAGGUAUAAUGGCUGGUUGGAUGCUUUAAAGAAAAUAUGGAGAACGGAAGGACCUAAAGGAUUCUUGAGGGGGAGUGUGGCUAGAGUUAUAUGGUAUGUCCCAGCUUCAGCCUGCACAUUUAUGGCUGUUGAGUUUCUACGACAGAACUUUAAUGAUAGAAUACAACAAGAUAUUGAUGAAGUUACAAGUCUAUCAAUGGAGACAGCUUCUCCCAUGUCAGAAGUGGUUUUUGAGCUAAAUGGAAAAAAAUCUUUCCCAUAACUUAAUUUUUAAUGUUUUUGAUAUUUUUAAAAUUUAAAUCAAUUUCUCAGCAGUUGCAAGAUGAUUUUGGUUCAAGGUUUAGGCAUUGCAAUCUGCUUUAAGAGAAUUCCAGGACACUGAAUUGCAUUGAGUUGGCUAUCCUUAUAUGUCUAGCAAUUAUUGAUGUACCUAUAUUUUACGAUUGAUCCAUGCUUUUGCCUAUGGCAUAGAUGCGAGUACCUUGGAAUGCUGUUAAUGCUUUGUGCAUAUUAAUAUAUUAUAUCAUUGAGGAAC